AUGUCACAACCAACGCAAAGAUUACAAAACUCAUGGAUUAUCACAUCGCCGUCAUGGGAAGAGUGGCAGUAUCAGAAAGCUUAUGAAGGUGGUAGCAACGUGCACCUAGACAACAUGAUGGAAGCUGCUGGCCUCGAGGCGGUCAAAAAACAUUUUUUGAGGAUCAAGGCCAAAGUAGAAACGAGUGUUCGGCAGGGAGUCAACCUUCGGAAUGAAAGCUUCGGGGCAGUAUUCCUCGGGAACCCUGGAACUGGAAAAACAACUGCUGCUCGACUAUACGCCCAGUUUUUGAUAUCUUUGAGGAUACUUCCCGGAUCGAGAUUUGAAGAGGUCACCGCCGCUCGCCUUGCCACCGAAGGUGUCAAAUGGUUCGAGACGCUCAUCGAAAAAGUCUGCCGCAAAGGCGGAGGGGUAAUCUUCAUCGACGAAGCUUAUCAGCUAGUUUCUAGCGGCAACACUUCAGGUGAAAAAUUACUCGACUUUCUUCUGCCGGAAGUAGUGAAUCGACGAGGGGAAGUCGUUUUUAUCCUUGCCGGAUACCGGAAGCAGAUGGAAACGCUAAUGGCUUACAACCCUGGUUUUCAAAGUCGUUUUCCUCAUCAAUUUCAGUUCCAGGACUAUGAAAAUGCCGAACUUCUGCAUAUCUUCAAGUUGCAGCUUAGGACGCUCUUUGGUGGUCGGAUGAAUGUAGAGGGCGGUCCUAACGGACUUUACUGCCGUGUUGUUGCACGUCACAUUGGUUACGGUCGUGGACGUGAAGGCUUCGGCAAUGCACGCGCUGUUGAGAUAGCUCUCUCCAGAAUCCGUGAUCGACAAGCCCAAAGGUUGAUGCUACUCAGACGCCAGGGUGGUCAGCCAGAUGAUAUGAUGCUCACCCAAUCUGAUCUCCUCGGACCUGAACUGAUCGGAGCUCUCGCAGACAGCGCAGCCUGGAAGAAGUUGGACAGCAUGACUGGGCUGGAUGCUGUGAAGCAAUCCGUCAAGGCAUUCCUCGAGACGACUCAAUACAACUAUCACCGAGAGCUCGAAGAAAAGCCGAUUCUGGAGUUCAACCUUAACAAAGUCUUCUUAGGCUCACCUGGAACCGGAAAGACCACGGUAGCGAAACUUUACGGCCAGAUUUUGGUAGACAUUGGCUUCCUUUCGGAUGGAGAAGUCGUGGUCAAGAACCCAUCAGACUUUAUUGGCGAUGUUAUAGGAGCGUCUGAGAAGUUGACAAAAGGCAUCAUCGCCUCGACCGUUGGCAAGGUGCUUGUCAUAGAUGAGGCGUAUGCCUUGAAUCCCAAAGCAUCGGGCUCGAACACCGGCAGCUUCAAGACCGCUGUGAUAGACACCAUCGUGGCUGAAGUUCAGAGCAUGCCUGGCGAUGAUCGCUGUGUUAUUCUGAUAGGCUACAAGGAUCAGAUGGAAGAUAUGCUGCAAUGCGUCAAUCCUGGUUUAAGCCGACGAUUUCCUUUGGGAGAUGCAUUCGACUUUGAGGAUUUCACCAUUCAGCAGCUUGAGGAGAUAUUGCUAGCUAAGCUCGUACAGCAAGGUUACAAUGCAACAGACCAGGCGAUCAAGGUUGCUUUGGGAGUACUUGAUCGCACACGUAAUCGUCCCAACUUCGGCAAUGCUGGCGAGGUAGAUAUUCUUCUCAACAGUGCCAAACUUCGGCAUCAGCAGCGAAUGAGCAAGAAUAAGACGACUAAAGGCUCCCUGUUGGAAGCCGUUGAUAUGGACCCUGAGUUCGACCGCGGUCAACAAGCCACAACCAACACGCGGCAGUUGUUCGAGGGCUUGGUCGGCUGCGACGAAUCCGCCGCCAAGUUUGCAGGCUAUCAAAGAAUAACUGCCAACGUCAAGGCUCGCGGUUUAGAUCCUCGCGAUUACAUCCCUUUCAACAUGCUAUUUCGUGGGCCACCUGGCACAGGAAAGACAACGACUGCCAGGAAGAUGGGUCAGAUUUACUAUGACAUGGGGUUCCUUGCCAAAGCCGAGGUUAUCGAAGCUUCCGCGACCGACAUGGUCGGCGAGUAUAUCGGACAAACUGGACCGAAGACCAAAAAGCUGCUUGAGAGAGCUUUGGGCAGGGUACUCUUGAUUGACGAGGCGUAUCGACUGGGAGAGGGCAGAUUCGCUCAAGAGGCACUGGACGAGCUGGUUGAUUGCUUGACAAAACCCCAGUUUGAACGACGUCUGAUCGUCAUACUGGCUGGCUACGACAAAGACAUCAACCGACUCAUGUUACAGAAUCCGGGUCUGACCAGCCGGUUCCCUGAUACUCUGAACUUUAGAGAUUUUACCCCAAGCGAGUGCCUCGAGCUCUUCGGCAAUGAAAUUCAAGAUCUCCUACAGCGGGUUAACAUCGAAGUUCCUUCCGUGUCAUCUCGUGAUUCCGCACGGCUCUUGAAAAGGUUGGAGCAACUCUCUGGCACUGUGAACUGGGCCAAUGCCCGCGACGUCAAGUUUCUCGCCAAUUCGGUAUUCCGUCAACUCAUGCAAGGCGAAGACUCGUCAUCCGGCCAGCUAUCUUUGACAAUGCCACUUAUAUCACAUGUGGUCGACAACAUGCUUGCCGAGCGUGUCGGCCGAAUGACAAACACGUCAAAGCAGGACAAAAAGAUUUCUGACGAAUCGCAAGAAGCAAUGGAUUCAGGUGACCCGCCAAUCAUCUUCAACUGCAACACCAUAUCUACGAACAAUCCCAAGGCAAUCAAACCUGUCAUCCCACAAACCGAGAAAUUGCCACCACCACCGCCAUCAAAUGAGUUGUCAAAAUCACCACCUAGACAUGACACCCGUGACCUAGGUGUGAGUGACUACACUUGGGCCAAUCUCAGCCACAGUAAAACACAAGCCGCUCUCGCAGAAAAAGCCCAUCAAGCCAACCUAGCCGAGUUGGCUCGACUAGAAAAACAGAAAUCACGUCUGGCACAAAAGGAACGAGAAAAGCUCGAGCGGCUCAGAAAGGAGUGUGAGGAAAGGAACGAGGAAAACCAAAAGGAGGAAGCUGUGCAGAGAAAAUUGCGGGACCUUGGAAGGUGCUCACAGGGGUUUCGCUGGACUAAGCAGUCGCAUGGAUACCGUUGUGCGGGUGGCGGUCACUGGGUUUCCAAUGCAGAUUUGUAG